GACAUGCGUGCGGGGAAAUUGGUGUAAAUAUUACCGGGAGCCGCAUAUUAGAAGCGACAUGUUUUGGAGCAAAUUUUAUCACGUUUUUCUUUGCCGUCAACAUGUACACACAAAAAUAGCCACGUGUUUACGCAAUCGGCUCAUUUCUAAGAGCUUUAAAAGAGCAACGUUUCAUUUGCUCUUCAGCACCAAAUCGGAUGACGACGUAAAGAACUUCAUCAUUGACAACACAGAAAUAGUGAGCAGCCGAAGUUUAACCCCAGAGAUUUCUUUAAGGCUGAUCACACCCAACUGCCGCUUUUGGACCGAGAAACCUGAAUUAUGGCCUUUCUCUGACCCUUUCUGGGCUAUUUAUUGGCCUGGCGGACAAGCACUGGCUAGGUAUCUCUUAAAUAACCCUGGGGUUUCUAGGGGGAGGAAAGUUCUGGAUCUCGGUUGCGGCAGUGGAGCUUCGGCGAUUGCUGCCAAACUCACCGGAGCUUCCAGUGUGGUGGCCAAUGACAUUGAUCCAAUUGCUGCUGUUGCCACAAAAAUGAACUGUGAACUGAACGACUUGGAGCCCUUGCCCUGUCUCACAGAGAAUAUGAUUGGUUUAGUACCUGAUCAGUGGGACCUCAUCCUUCUAGGUGACAUGUUCUAUGAUGAAGUUCUGGCUGACGGUCUGCAUCAGUGGCUCCAGACGUGCAUUGUGACGCAUGGCACGCAGGUGCUCAUUGGUGACCCAGGACGAGCUCAGUUUGAGGGCCAUGACAUCAGGAAACGAUUACUUGAGCAGGCGUGCUUUGAGCUACCGGACUCGGUCAAAGAAGAGAAUUAUGGACUAACUAGUAGCACAGUGUGGUGCUACAGACCUGACCUCUAACAUUUGUUUAUAUGUUGUUCAUAUAUCAACAAGUGUAGAUAUUUUUCUUUUUGAUAAACAAGCUCUUUGGAAUGUGUUUUUAAAAAAAAGCUGAUGUCAUUCUGCAGCACAGCCAUUUAUAUUUCUUACUAUUUUUGUGGAAGAUUGGUCUUGACUGCAGGAAGAAAUCUUGCAGACAAAGGGCCCAGGUGCCAAAGAGUUAAAACUUUAUUCGCUCGAGCCAGCAAAGUUGCGUUGGUCAAAGAUCAUCUGAAACCACAGCUUUUUGCGUCAACGUGUAUACCAAAAAUUUCAAGAGGUGUAUCCUGUAUCACACCAAUCAGAUAUCUUCAGGUUAUCUUUACUUUUCUAUUAACCUAUCCCCUUUCUCCCCCGCCACAAUUAAUUACUAGGCAUAUAGGUUCAAUUUCUAAUUGUGGCGAACCGCAUUCUCUUUGUUUUUUUUAUAAAACGUUUUCAUAGAGACAACUCAGUUUUGACAGUAUUCUCCAUGGUGAAUAUAAACAUGUUUUCCCAAUAUUACUGACCUGAGACCGCAGAGACUAAUAAAGUUUGGAAAGUACCCAUUCACAGACAUUCAAACAAUAGGUUGGUUUGCUUGGGUCUUCCAUAUAUAUUAGACAUCAUUGGAUUAUUUUAUAAUGCCCAAAUAUGC